AUGAUUAACUCGCUGGUGACGCUCGUGGUACUUUUCCUCCUGCUGAGCAGUGCAAAAACUGACGGUGAAAAUGUGCAGGAUAGUGAGACUCUGAGUCGUCGGAAGCGCUUCUUGCUCAUCUUCAAUAAUGGUGGCUUGGCGAAAGCCGUCUUGGGAAUUUCCGCUCCAGUGAUUUUCAACGAUAAGACGAAGAGGAGUCUCAAUAUGUCUUAUAACUUCCAAGCACAGUAUCAAUUUCUCCCGAAUGUGACAUCGCCCUUGGCCGAUCCAUUCUUCACGGGUCUCCAGAGACGUCGCAAGCGCCAAUCGCCGACCAGGAGUGCUCCAGAUGAGUCGAGGAAGUACCUCUAUGCCCUGCUCGAGGGGCUGAUGAGGCAUCGGGGCGUGGAUGGAGAGCAGUGUCUCCUUCGGGCGAUCUGCGAAGUCGCCGAGAGUCCAUGCAAACACAACGGUCUCGUCGGUGAAUUAAUAGACCUCAUUUUCACACCGCACGAGCACGAGGCGCAGCCCGAGCACGUCCAGGCACGUUUCAUCGGCCUCCGGGGAGGAAAUUGUGCAUCCACGUACAGCCUGUGCCCACGCGGUGAAGGUCUGCUCGACGCAAUAAGUGUGAUUAUGUAG